AUGCAGCCCUGCAGUCUGCUUGAAAGACUCAAAAAAAUCCCUGGGUUCGUCUCCCUCAAAAUUCUUCUUGAGAUGUUCUCCUCUCGCACAAUUCUCUCUCUUGCUGUGGUAGCCCAUUUCGCCUCAGCGUACACCAUUGGGCCCGUUAGCGAUCUGGUAGUGGCCAAUAAAACCAUCGCCCCCGAUGGCUUCCCGCGCGCCGCCGUUCUCGCUGGAGGAACGUUCCCUGGCCCCCUCGUCACCGGGCUCAUCGGGGACAACUUCAAGCUCACGGUUAUCGAUAAGCAGCAGGAUAUCCGCAUGCUCGAGCCCACGUCGAUUCAUUGGCAUGGGUUGUUUCAGAACGGCACGAACUACAUGGAUGGGCCUGCGUUCAUAAAUCAAUGCCCGAUCUCGCCCGGUAACUCGUUUACAUACGACUUUACCUCCCAGCAGGCUGGAACUUUCUGGUAUCACUCCCACCUUGCAACUCAAUACUGCGAUGGCUUGCGUGGCCCAAUGGUUAUCUACGACCCGCAUGAUGCCUACCGCCACGAAUACGACAUUGACGACGAGUCCACGGUGAUCACCCUUUCGGACUGGUACAACGUCUAUGCUGAAACUGUCGUCGGUCCUGCCACACCCACUUCCCUGCUCAUCAACGGUCUCGGACGCACCGCUGAGACUGUCUCGAAUACGACCCUCGCCGUCAUCUACGUGAAAAAGGGUCUGCGCUACCGCUUCCGUCUCUUGAACACGGCUUGCAACCCCAACUACGUAUUCCAAAUCGACGGGCACAAGAACCUAACCAUCAUCGAGGCCGACGGUGUUCUGCACGAGCCGUUGAGCGUCGAUUCCAUCCAGAUCUUCGCCGAUCAAGCCGUUGACAACUAUUGGAUCCGCGCGAACCCGAACUUAGGCCCCGCUGGUUUCGCCGGGGGAAUCAACUCUGCGAUCCUUCGCUACAUCGGAGCGAGCGAUUCUGAGCCUACGACUUCUCAGGACACAUCGGUCAACGGGUUAGUGAACGAGGUCAACCUGCAUCCGCUCGUCAAUCCUGGUGCUCCCGGUGGCGCUUAUAUCGGUGGAGCCGAUGUGCAGGUCAAUCUGGCCUUGGGUUUCGACUUGACCACGUUGAAAUAUACCAUCAACGGCGCGACAUUUGUUCCCCCGACUGUUCCGGUGCUCCUCCAGAUUCUGUCCGGGGCCAAGACCGCACAGUCGCUGCUCCCUGGUGGCUCAGUCAUCACCCUCCCACACUUUGCGUCGGUCGAGAUCACGCUUGCCGCGGGUGCGAUCGCCGGACCUCACCCCUUCCAUUUGCACGGACAUGUCUUUGAUGUGGUCCGGCCUGCCGGAAGCACUACCUACAACUACGUCAACCCCGCUCGCCGUGACGUUGUCAGCAUUGGCAAUACCGGCGACAACGUGACAAUUCGGUUCUUCACUGAUAACCGCGGACCUUGGUUCCUCCACUGCCACAUUGACUGGCACUUGCAGGUUGGUUUCGGAAUCGUGCUCGCUGAGGAUAUCCCUGACUGGGACUCGGAGCUGGUCCCCACGUCAGAAUGGGACCAGCUCUGUCCUAUCUAUAACGCGCUUCCUGCCUCGAUCACAUCUCACGCCGCCUGA